GAGGGUGGGGGGGGGAGCCUCGCCAUGGCCCAGCUGUUCGCCUGCGAGGCCCCCGAGCCCUGGAGGGCGGCCCUGCGAGCCUACGGGGAGGCCGUCGGCGGCCGCGGCGGCAAGCGGACCGGCCUGCCCGCGCUCGACCGAUGGUAUCAAGAGGAGCUGCCGGCAGCAAUUGCGGGGCGGAGGGAAAAGCACCUGACGCGGGAUGAGCUGGUGAGGCUGAUGGCCUGGAAGCUGGCGAGGGGUACGUUCCGCCCCCGCCUGCAGCAGCUGGUGGCCACCAACCCCAGUGAGACGGUGGAGCGGUGCACCAGGGCAGCCUUUGGCCUCCUGCCCGACGUAGAGGCCGCCAUCACUGAACUGAGCAAGCUCAAAGCCGUGGGCCCAGCCACCGCCUCGGCAAUCCUGACCGCCGGCGCUCCGGAUUCCGUGGCCUUCAUGGCUGAUGAGGCGGUGGCGGCCGUGCCCGGCCUCUCCCCGAUCCAGUACACCCUCAAGCACUACACCCGCUACCUGGGCGAGAUCCGGGCCCGAGCCAGGAGGCUCAACCAAGUCGAUGCUGAGGCCGACUGGACUCCUCACCGGGUAGAGAUGAGCCUCUGGGCCUGGACCGUGGCCCAGGCCGAAUGCCCCCACCUCCUGGCACCUCUCCCAUCCGGUGGGACCCCGCCAGCCGGGGACACGGGGGACCGAGAAGCCAGCCGCACCAAGAAACGCAAAACCAGCGCGAGUUGAGCCCCGGCCCUGACCCUCGCCCGCGUGCCAACGGGACCCUCCCUUCCCCACCCUGGCGCCGCCAAGAAAGAAGACCCACGCCCCUCCACCACCACCCUUUGCCAGUUGGCAGAGGUGGAAAUUCAGUGGGAGGGGCUGCUUGCUCUGCCACCCACAUCUGCACCUCAUCGCGCGACACCCUCCACCCCCUACAGGGAGGGAGCCCGACUCUUCUUUAAGCAACUCACCCAACUGGGAUUGGUCUGGGGCAUCAGACUGCCCUGGCGUCCGUGGCCCGGCCCCGGGAUUUAAGGGAAGAGGGGAGCC